UAUGAGAAUGAUUUAAUGGAACAGUCCUUUGAUCUUGAUGAGUUUCAGCAUCAAACUAUUGGACAGAUUGCUGGUGGGACUAGGCUUUAUUAUCCUUUUGAAUUAUUCAUAGAAACUCGUGAACAAAAUGAAAUUUUUGAUAAAUAUCAUAAUGGAGCUAAUAAUGUAAAGAUAUCAGUGGUUAAUGUGUCAACUCGUAAAGUAGAACCAGAAGAACCAUUGAGAGUGGAAGAAGGUUGGACUGUUGGAGAAUUAAAACAACAUAUAGGAGAAGUAUAUAAUCUCAAUUCAUCAUGCAUGAGACUAGUAAUGAAGAAUUUCAAGUAUGGUGAUGUUACUGAUAUUAGUGAUGUAGGAAGUACUUUAGAGGAGAUAUUCAGAAAGUCAACUUACCUAGACAGACAAUUAGUGUAUGUAUCAUCAGAUCCUGAAGAUUAUCAAAAAGAAUACAAAGAUAGUUUGAUGUACAAAUAUGUUGGUCUUCCUGUCAACCCAAUACUACUGAGCAUUACAAUACCUCCUGGACCUGAAGCCACACCCACUACAACUAAUAGAAGAAAAGGAAGAGUACCAGUAAUAAUGAAAAUUAUAUCAACCGAAAAUAAAGGAAAAGAAAGAAGGAUACAGGUAGAAGUUAAUAGCAUAAUAACAUUAGCUCAAUUGAAGGAGGAGCUAGUUCCACUGAUUGGUGUACCGCCUACUGGUUUUAGAGUGUAUGAAAUCAGAGAUAAUAAUAAAGAACAUGAGCUGGAGAGACUGGAUGAGAUAUUAAAAUCUGGAUCAAAGUUGAUAAUAAGACUGGGUAGAGCAUCUAGAAGAGGAGAGUACAGAAUUAAAUUAUAUUUAUUACAAGUUAACAAUACAGAGUUUUGUAAUUUUAUGAUGGAGUCUAUUGUUGCUAAGGCUAAACCAAAUGAGAUUACGUAA